AUGUCUGAGGAUUGGGAUUCUGUUACCCGUAUCGGAAGUAAAGUCCGUGGUGGAGGAGGCGGCGGUCUUCGCGAGACAGUUGUCAGAGGACGAUCUGCAUUGAACGCUGCUGCCCGGUCCGGUGCGAUCAUCGGAACAGAGAAGAAGUAUACCACUGGGAAUAUUGCAUCCAAACCUCAUGUAGAGGGACAACAUCUUACGAAAGUUGACCGAAGCGAUGAUAUCAUCCCGCUGCAGGCCGUCGGUGAUGAGGUCGGCAAGGCCAUCCAGCGCCGCCGCAACGAAGAAGGCUACAAGAUGACACAGAAGGAGCUCGCUGCGAAAUGCAACACGACACCCGCUGUCAUAGCCGACUUGGAGCAGAACAAGAAGGGGGCGGAUAAAAAAGUACUACCCAAAAUUGAGAAUGUGCUUAAUAUUAAGCUCACCGGGCGUGAUAUUGGGAAAGAGAAGUUUCCGAAGAAGAAGAAAUGA